GCUGACUACAGCUCUCAACAGCCAGCCUCCUCUAAGAUGGACUCAGUGCAGGGCCAAGUCAAUGAAGUUAAAGUUAUACUCAAAGACAACAUCAACAAAGUACUGGAGAGGGGAGAGAGGUUAGAUGACUUGGUUGACAAGACACAUGACCUACAAGCAACCGUAAGUAUUAUAAGAGAAAGACAAGUGUUUUUUAAUCCUUUAUCCUGGUGUUGUGAUAAGUGGUGGUUCCUCUAGUCUAGAGAAAGGCAUUGAACAGCCAAUAUGCUUCUGGUUUGCCUGUCUGUUUCUGCUUAAACUUGCUUGAAACCCAAUUAUAUUUAACUUAACCUUCCAUAAAUCCUCAAAUUUUCAGGCAGACUCCUUUCAGAGGACGUCCACGCGGGUAGCCCGGAAGUACUGGUGGAAGAACGCCAAGAUGAUGAUCAUCAUUGGAGUGAUAGUUCUGAUCAUCCUCAUCCUCAUCAUCCUGUUUGCUACAGGUGUCAUCCCCAGUUAAAUCGUCUCACAGACUCUUACAGUACUACAUUAUCGCUAAAAGUAAUAGGAUGAACCACGAUCACCAACAGUCAUGUUUUGAAUUUGAUGAAACUGAGGUUUCAUUUUGGUCUUCUCCCCAAGGCUCAAGGUGGAUUGUGUAUAGUAACGUGACGAAAUAUAACAUUUCACAUUGACUUCUGUAAAUAAGCAUCCUGGAAUUUGUUUAUGAUUAUAUCAAUCUGUUAAUUUGAUGUUUAAUAACAUACAUUUCAUAAUUUUUGUAAAUGUUUCACCACUAACAUUACAGGUAAGGGGCCUCUUCCCACAGCAUUAGGGUGCAUUUAAUUCCUUAAAUUGAAUUCCUUACAUUUGUGCUUAAAGAGGCAAUCUGCAGUUGCUACAUCAAUUUUCAGAUUUAUAAAUUAAUGAUAUGUACCCAUUGAUUCUUGAAGAAAUAUAACGUAUAAAUGCCUCAUGAUCUUAGUUCCACUGUGGUACCCCAUCAGAACCCAAAAUAUAAGCUUGUUUUACUCCAAUGUUUGUAAACAAA